AAUGGGCUUUGUUGGAUCUGAAUUUAUACUUUAAUGGAGGGUUAUAAAUAGGGCAUAGGCAAUCUUGUUAUUCUCUUGUGAGUAGAAGAGAGAUAGUAGUUUUGUUCUACUAAAGAGGUGGGUGGUUUCAUAUAUUGGUGUUUUGCUUGGUUGUGUUGGUUUGGGAGAUAUGGUAGGAGCCACUCCGUGUGCCUCGUGUAAGUUGCUGAGACGCCGCUGCGCAAAGGAUUGUAUCUUUGCGCCUUACUUUCCUCCUGAUGACCCUCAUAAGUUUGCCAUUGUUCACAAAAUCUUUGGUGCUAGUAAUGUCAGCAAGAUGUUGCAGGAAAUUCCAGUGCAGCAGAGGGGAGACGCAGUGAGCAGCCUGGUCUUCGAAGCCAACGCAAGAUCUCGAGACCCCGUCUACGGAUGCGUCGGCGCAAUAUCCUACCUGCAAAACCAAGUUUCUCAGCUACAAAUGCAGCUUGCAGUUGCUCAAGCAGAGAUUCUAUGCUUUCAGAUGCAGCAGCAGCAGCAGCAGCAACAACAAGAUCAUCAUCAUCAGCAACCUAAUAACAUUCCAAUCACUACACAACAGAUGAUGAACCAAGACGAGAAAUCGCUUCUUUUAUCCACUAGUAACUUCGACUAUAACCUUCUUCAACAACAGUACCUUAACUUCAGUUCUACUACUAGCAAUAAUAUUGUAAUGCAGGAUCCUCCCAAGAGAGAGUCUCUCUGGACAUAACUAGCUAGAAUAGCUUCAAAUCUCGAUGAAAUGCUCAACUUUUUCCAAGUUUCUUCAUCUCUAUCUUAAUUUAACAAUCAA